AUGACAAGUUUAGUAUCGCUCAAAACCUCACUCUAUAAUUGGCUUAGCUCUUCAAGCGGGCCACUUCUCGACCUUCGUCCUCUACAUAUUUACUUUGGCUGUAGAAUUAUCCCAUCAACUUGUAUUCCCUUUUGCGAUUUGAAGAAUCAUCAAUUCGAACUUCCUCCAAAAUCCUUACCUCUUGCUGUAUUGGAACCACAUAAUAAUGAAGGUAUAGCUCAAAAAUUACUUAAGGACCAAGGAUGGAACGUUCGUUGGGUGUUUACUGAAAGCGAAAAAUUAUGGCAAAUCGGACGAGAACUCGGAAUCAUCGAAGAGAUUGACAUAAAUUCAAAUGAUAACGUUAUGAAUUUGUCGGAUCUUUACUCUAAAAGACAACGAUGGACAUUGUUUCAACCUUGCCCCUUUUUAAAAAGCAACUUGAAUUUCAUAGAAGAAUCUCUCAAAAAUGUGCACCAACCAAAUACGACUUUCAAUUGUUUAGAUCUCGCCUGCGGAAGCGGGCGAGAUGUUUCCUGGCUUUGCCUACGCCGAUCCGUCGAUUGGCACGUCACUGCAAUCGAUGCUAUGACGAGCGCUCUCGAUCGAACAAGGCAGCUGGCACAGGGUGUGGGUGCCUUGUCCAGGGUUCAAACCGUACAUGUAAAGAUCAUGUCGGAUGGAUCGGUUAAGCAACCUCCGAUCAGAGUUGGAGAUAUCAAAAAUGGUAAACCAAAUUUAUACGAUAACGUUGAUUUUCUUUGCAAAACUUACGAUCUUGUCCUCUGUAUCCGCUUUUUGCGUCGAAAAUUUUUUGACACCAUGGCUAAGAUGGUAAAACCUGGUGGGUUUCUUUUGAUCAGCACAUUUGUAAAUGAUGGUGUGCAUUCAUACAAACAUCCUAAAGGUGAUGCACAUCGAUUAAAACUUGGUGAGCUUGAUGAAUUUUUUCAAGAACAAUUCGAGGUAUUGCAAAAUAAAAUAGAGCUUAUAGAAGAUGGGAGACCAGUGAAUUCGUUUUUAGCCAGAAAGCGAACAGGUUUACCGGAAAAACGGCAUGUGAACAACAAAUAA